AUGGCGAGCAAGGCAGAAGAGCUCAAGGCAGCUGGGAACGCCGCCUUCAAGGCUGGCAACUUCGACCUGGCCCUCGCGAACUACUCGACUGCCAUCCAACUUGAUCCUUCUGUCUCGACAUACGCUCUGAAUCGCGCGGCAGUGCACCUGAAGCUGUCGAACUGGAGGGACGCAGAACGAGACUCGACGACGGCACUCGAGCUGGACGGUGGGGCGAACCCAAAGGCGCUGUACAGACGAGGACUGGCCAGGAAAGGGCUGGGAAAGCUGAGCGGGGCGAAAGAAGACUUUGAAGAAGCUCGAAGGCAAGGCGCCGGAGAUGAUGUUGCCAAGGAGCUAGCGGCGCUUGUCAAGCAGCUGAGUCUGAGCGGGACGCAGGCGAACGGAGCGAAGACGAAUGGUGCCGCCGCCAAGCCUGCCGCUGCGUCUAAGCCCUUACCCUCACCCUCGCCGGUCGCUUCGUCCUCCUCUUCCCCAUCGACAGAACGCCUUCGCGCUGCUCUCGCACCACCCGCCUCCUCGUCUUCUUCAUUCAGUCAGUCUACUAAGUCAGAUGGACUCCUCACGCCCGUAUCUACCCGCCGCCUCACUCCCGCCGACCGCUUCGCACCUUCGCCCUCGCCCGUUCCUUCCAAUCCUCCCGCCUCGACCUCGCCGUCCAAGUCUGAGCCGGUCCGAACGAACUGCUUUGCGGCGAAAAAGGAGGCUCGUCAGGCGCGCGAGCAGCAGCCGUACAGGGCGCAGCCUCCGCCCACGAGCUCGCCAUCCGCGACUGCUUCUUCGCCUCCUCCCCCGGAUCCUUGUUCCGAAUCUGCCGCCGCCGCAUCCCUCGCAUCGUUCGCACCUUCGACAGCCGCCUCCUUCCUCCGCCCUCCUCCACCGCCAGCCCCUCGCGCCGCCGCCUCCCCAACCUCUCUCGAAACGCACUUCUUCUCAACCGCACCAGGCGACCCCUCCCGUCUCGCUAUCCUCCGUGCACUCGACUCGCACCGCAUGCGAGACUGGAUGGGCGACGGCUUGACGCCUGAUUUGCUCAGUGCGAUGCUGGGUGAGGUAUUGCCUUUGUUCCAAGGUGACGCAGCGACGGAUGCGGCGCAACGUAAGAGGGACGGAGAACUGGAUUGGGUCGUGCCGCUGCUGCAGGGGCUGACGGAGUGCAGGAGGUGGGAUAGCGCAGUCAUGUUCCUGGAGGAGCGGGAGAGGGAAGGCGUCAAGCGUGUGCUGGACGAGGCGCAGGGGCGGAUAGCGAGGGUGAGGAAGGGGUGGGGCCUGUAG